UCAUCCCCGCAGGAGUUCCUGCUUCAGCCCUAGCGUCCAGUCCAGAUGGACCAGGAGCUUUGGUGGAGAUGACAGGGGGGAGGUCCAGUCUGUCACAAUGGGAGGGAUAUGACGGAACAAAAUGGGAGUUGAUGAUGGGAGAAAAUAUGGUUGGGAGGAGAGAAGCGGAACGGAUCACCUGGGACCAGAAGGCUGUGAGGGUUACCGUGACUUCCACUGACUUGAGUGUUCUCUUCUUAGCUAGUUGCUUAGCAUUUCGAUUUCGCAUAUGCGACGCUGGCAUUGAGGCAUUACUGGUCGCACAGGCAGCCAUUACUGGUCGCAUUACUGUUUCCUAAGUUUUCCUCUUUUUCCCAUUCACAUCUGCCAUUCUCCUGAACGAAACCUGUUGUGUUUACGACCCUGCUCAGUCACAUUCAACUGCGAAACUUGCGGUGCUCUUCAAGCUGACAGAUCCUUUCUCUCUGAGCUGAGAGACCUUUAAUCUCUCAAAUUCAUUCACCAUUUGGCCUAAGAUAUAUUUUUUUCACUUCGUUGAGGCGAUGGAUGCGCAUCAUUCAUCCAUUCCUGCUACGUCACACCAUGCCACGUCACAUCACGCCACGUCACACCGUCCCGCACCUCGCCCUGCCACGUCACACGAGUCCAGGACGCAUCAUGGCUCCACGCAGCAUCCCGAAUCCCACCAUGCCACAUCGGACGAUGCAACUGCACACCAUGCCACGUCGCGUCACACCACGUGUACUCCCACGUCUGACCACGUCACUCCGCACCAUGCCACGUGUCAUUGCAGCAGCUCUCAUGAUCUGAAGUCCGACAAUGCUCAAUCACAACAUGCAAAGGCUCACCAGAAACGAAGCAGUCACUCCCACUCUCACACUAACUCUCGCCCUCACUCUCACUCUCACCCUGACCCCCACCCUCGCCCUCACCCUCUCUCUCACUCUCGCCAUCUCACUCACACUCGCUCUCACGCUUCAAAGGCCACCCGACUGGCCCGAAUGGUUCGGCUCGUGCGAGCAUGCACCGCGAAAUGCCGACAGCUCGUGUGGGAGGCACCAGGAAAAGCAGUUUCUGAAGCUGGGAAAGCAGCGUAUCAGGCCAGGAACGUCGCUCAUAAAGUGUCUGAAGCAGCAGGUGAAACCGCGUGCUUCCUCUUCUUCCUCUGCCUGGACCUCCUGGAUUUUCUGCUCUGCUAUGUCUUCUGGUUCCUCGACCGGAUGGCUGGAGAAAACGCUCCUCCCUGCUACUGCAACCGCAGAAGGAGCAGUAGCAGCGCAAAUCCCCGUGCAGCCGUUUCUGAUGAUUCCGGCUCCACAGUUAACGGAUCCGUUUUCUCAUCCGGAGUCAUGCCGGCGAGCCCUAUUUCACCCAGUAUCGCCCCGGAUCUGUUUCACCGCAAGUGGCGGGUGUCACUCAACCUGGGGGCGUUCCGAACGGCGAGAUUUGCGCUCCCGCUCUCCCUGGACUGGAGAACGGAGCAUAUUCUGCGGUGGUGUGAUGCGGUUCAGGUCCGGCAAUGGCUUGGGUCGGAGCAGAGCAGGCAGAAAGGAGGAUGGAAGGGAGAGAAGCAGCUGGAGGGGAACCAGGAAACGAGGCCUCGUUUGAGCAGCCCUGUUUUUGUUGGGGAAGGGGAGGCUGUAACUGGUGGCGGUGUUGUUGUUUGUGACGCUGCUGGCGUGCGGAACGGAUCUCUUGACCGCACUCACCUUCCGAGACUCGUCGGUGGCGUUUCUGGUGCUGUUGGUGCUGCUGCUUGUGGUGGUGGCGAUUCUGAUAAUGGUGCUGAUGGAAAGGUUGAGGAUUGCCACCCGCUGUGGUCUUCUCCGGACGCAUUGACUCAUGGCACCAUUCGCCACCCUCAUUUCUCCCUCCCUCACCACCAACAUCACGGCCAGCUGCAGCAGCAGCAUCACCAGCAUCAUCCUCAGCAACAUCACCAGCAGCAGCAGCAGCAGCAGCAGCAGCAGCAGCAGCAGCAGCAGCAGCAGCAGCAGCAGCAGCAGCAGCAGCAGCAGCAGCAGCAGCAGCAGCAGCAGCAGCAGCAGCAGCAGCAGCAGCAGCAGCAGCAGCAGCAGCAGCAGCAGCAGCAGCAGCAUCAGCAGCAGCAGCAGCAGCAGCAGCAGCAGCAGCAGCAGCAGCAGCAGCAGCAGCAGCAGCAGCAGCAGCAGCAGCAGCAGCAGCAGCAGCAGCAGCAGCAGCAGCAGCAGCAGCAUCAGCAGCAGCAGCAGCAGCAUCAGCAGGAGCAGCAGCAUGAUCAGCGUCCCCUUCGGCAGCACACUCCCCACCAUUCCCUCUCCUCUCCCUGCCACGUGUCACCUGCUGGUAGGACGUGUGAUGCAGAGCAUCGCACUACAGGCAACCACUCUAGAGCUGAAGCAUCUUCAGAUUUGGAAGCAGGGGAAGUAGCACGCACAAGUAGGGCAGACGGAAACGCAGGAAGAGCGGGGGCAGGAACUGCAGCAGAAUCAGCCGCAGUAGCAGCAGGAUUAGGAGAAAAAGCAGUAGCAAGAGCACCAACGGCAGUAGCAGCACGCACAAGUAGGGCAGACGGAAACGCUGGAGGAACGGGAGCAGGAGCAGGAGCAGACGCGGUAGCAGCACCACCACCACCACCACCAGCAUCAGAAGUAGUAGCAGCAGCAGCAGCAUUGGCAGCAGAACUGGCGUCUCCAGCCGUAGUGCUAGCCGAUGGCGGAGAGCAGGUCGGCUGCAAGAUCUUGCUGUUAGAUAGCUCUGUGACUGGCUCUGGUAGCUCUGGUAGGGUGGUUUCUGAGUCCACUCAGCAGCGUAGUUCUGGUAGGGUGGGGGGAAGAUGGACGGAUUGUCACUGCCAGGAGUGUAGUGAGGCUUAUCAGAGGCAGGCCCUGCAUGUGACUGUAUUCGGGGGUGGCUCUAACGAAUAUGAGGAAGAUGGUUUGAAGGAUUAUGUAUUGAAGAACAGCAGCUGCAGCAGCAACACCAUCAUCCCCCCCACCCCCACCUCUCCUUGCAAUGAGAAUGAAAAGCCUACCAUCAUUGCUAGCAGCAUCAACAGCAGCAUCAGCAGCAUCAAUAGCAGCAGCAGCAGCAGCAGCAGCAGCAGCAGCAUCAAAUCCAGCAGCAGCAGUAGCAGCAGCAGCAAUGAGAAGCCCACCAUCCUUCUCCUGCACGGCUUUGGCGCUGCCUCCUCCUUUUGGACCGACACCGCCGUGCCGCUGCUUCCCAAACAAUUUCUGGAGGGUAGACGGGUGGUGGCGGUGGACCUGCUGGGGUGGGGAAAGAGCCCGAAGCCGAGAGAUUGUGACUACAGCAUUGGGGAGCACGUGAGCUGGAUCGAGCGCACGGUGCUCGCCCCUCUCAGCAUCUCCUCCUUCCACGUCGUGGGUCACAGCAUGGGCUGCCUGAUAGCUGCAGUACUCGCUGCUCGCAACAAAGACCGGGUUGUGUCCGUCUGCCUCUUCUCGCCACCCUUCAUUCCUCCCCGACCGGGCCUCACCCCAGCAGAGGAGUUUUACCGCCACGUCACCCCGCGCUGCCUCUCCCCUUCGCUACUGUUCGGCAUUAGUGUCAUGUCGUGGUUUGAACACGUGGGCCGGGUCAUCUGUGCCUUCCUGGGCCGCUUCCAUUGGCUCUCGGACCCGCUCACUGCUUUCCUCCUACCACGCAUGGGCGCCAAACUCCCCCCUACUUUUCUCCGUGACUUCACCCGUCACACGCACCACACCGCCUGGCACAGCUUCUUCAACACCAUCUGCGCCGGCACCAACUUCCUGGAACCUUCCCUGCGCUUCCUCCACAGCCCAUGCAGUGACAAGAGCACUGCCGCAAGCAGCCAUGCCUGUAACAGGAGCGGCCCCAGCCCUGUGAACAGUGAAUCUGGUAAUGGGACCGUCCCUAUGAACAGUGGAGCCUGCAACCCGAGCAUCAGCAAUGGCUUACAUAACCAGAUGACUAAUACAAGCAGCAACCUUCAUCAGAGGAGUGCACCGGUGAACAUAGUGCACGGAGUAAAGGACAAGCUGUGCCUGAUACAGUCGAGCAGGGAUCUGGCUCGGCGCCACCCAAACGUGCGCCUGUGGGAGGUUCGGGGAGCAAACCACCUCACCGUGGUGGUGGGCAGAGGGAAGGAAGUUGCCCAGCAGAUUCAGGAGCUCGUGGAGGAAGCUGAGGGCUUGGGAUUGUCUGCAUAGCAUGCUUCAACAGAUCCACUGCCGUCGUAUCCAUUGUUAUUACUCGGUAUGAGUCCAUGGGAAGUUCAGGGACCAAGCCACACCAUGAUGGUGGUGUUAGAAGGAGAUGGCUGUAGGGGUGGAUACCAAGCUAAUCCUUGGGAAGGUGUGGUGGUGAGGGAGUUUUUUUAGUCGACUCAAAGAGUCAAAUCAAAGGUCGCCUAAGGUGUGGUGGUCGUGGAGCUUAUGGACGACGUCGAGGCCGUGAAGUAGAUGGAUUGUGUCUUGUCUAACAUCCUUGAUGCUCAUGGCUUGGCAUGGCAUGGCACAGUACACAACAAAGGUGGUGGUUUUCAGAACUCAGCCACUAACCACUGAGUUGAAA